AAAAAGUGUGCAUUCUUUACUCCAUCAAAUCUUUUGAAUGAUAAAUAUGAAUGUCAACUAAAUCUUGAUCACGAUGACAUUAAUAAGGAAGAGUUCCUCAUUGAGAGAAUGACUUCAGAGUUUAUUUCUGUUGCUGCUGCACAAGACGAAAAAGAAACGUGGAAGGACAGUCCCCUCGAACUUUUGCAGUUUAUUCUAAAAUACCAUCUUGAGAACUCAGUUCAAAAUAUUGUAAUACUGCUGCGAAUUUUCCUCACAAUUGCU